GAGCCUCUACUUCUGAAGCGAACAGGCACUGGCUGGGCUCCCCCUAGUGAGCAACGCUUUUCAGGAAGAAGUUGGCGCCUGAAGCUUCAUUUUCGGAUAGCUAGCACGCUAACCGUAAACCAUGAACGACACACUGGUAUUUUGAAGUUUCACCACAGCGCUAUUAAAGAAUUUCGAAAUGAACGAGAUGGAGUUCAGCGUUCCCCUGUCUUCUUUGGCACUUCUGGUCCCCCCACUCCGGUUGAUGUCGGCCGUGAUGUGGGAGGUGGUGAGACAGAGGAACAUCAAGCAUUAUGGGAAACUGGAGGAGUUUGUGUCCAUGGUGACGGAUGCUGUCCCAGAACUGAUGAGCAAAAGAGAAGGAAGACUGCUAUCACUGGGGCUGAGGGCUCGGACAACUCUUGAACUUCUGCGUUCAGAACACCCGGAAGAUCUCAAAGCAGUUGAGACUCACCUGAACAGAAUUAGAACUUCAUGCAUCGAGGAGACAAAUGAUCCUGUAAUCGAAGCCCCAGAAGCAAACUUCAUGAAGCUGGUGCAGGGCCUCAUCGAAGACACAGAUGGCAGGGAACACUUCCUUAAGAACGUGUUUCCGGUGGAAUACGGCCCCGACUUUGACACAGCAUUAGAAACUCUAGUUUGUGAAUUUUUCUCAAGGCUGGAGGAGCUCCUUCCAAUCCCAGAUUUCAAACAGACUGCGUCCUGGAUCAGUGCUGCACCCGCUGUCCUGGAGGAGUACAUGCAAUGCGUCUCAAACGGAGAAGACCUGAAGUUUCUUCUCCAGAGCAAGCAGUGCCAUGGGAAGCUAGCAAAGAGCUCUGUUGCUCAGUUUCAAUCCGACGAUCUUCUUAUUCCGUCUCUGUCCCUCCCUUCAUCCCUGGAAGUAGCCAUCUCGUCUCACCCGAGUGCGUGUGACGACGACGUCCACCACGACGACGAGGACGGCGUUACUCAGAUUGUUAUGUUUGACGAAGAGCUUUCCACAAACCCUUCCACGUCCACCGACUUCCCCGAGUUACCAAAAGCGGCCGACAUCUCCUCGUCUCCCUGUGGCAAACCGCAGCCUGAAGUCCACAAAUGCCCCGAGUGCGGCAAGUGCUUCAAGCACCACUCGGUCCUGAUGGAGCAUCAGCGAGUCCACAGCGGCCUCCACCCCUACAUCUGCUCCGAGUGCGGCCGGGCGUUCCGAACAGCCACGCUGCUGGCUGGGCACAGACUCCGGAAAUGUAAGAACGCUGCAUACCUCUGCAUCAAAUGUGGGAACAGCUUCCCCACGUCGCUCGACAAAUUCCGACACCAUUGUCCAAACCGGGGGCGUAGCUACGACUGCGAACAAUGCGGGAAGAGCUUUCAAAAGUCCAGCGGCCUGAAGGAGCACCUGCUGACUCACGCUCAAAGCCGCCUUUUCAAGUGCAGCCACUGCGGCGUGGGUUUCUCUGGAAUCGGCGACCUUAAAUAUCACCAGCAGGUGGAUCACGAGAAGCCUUACAAAUGCAGUCGAUGCGGGAAGAGCUUUAUUUCUCCAAAGAGCUUAGCUAAGCACCAACAACGGCACGAAGGCCACGGCGAAAUAGAGAUGGGGAAGCUGAUAGGCGGCGGUAAACAUGUGAAAAGUAGCUUAGGUCACCGGACUGCUUCGUCGCUGUCCAUCAGGAAGAUGUCGUUCAAAGUGGGCUACCCCCGAGGAAGGCUGACUCACAACUGCCCGCUGUGUGGUCGCAGCUUCAAGUACCGCUUUGAGUUCCUGGAGCACCAGAGGUUCCACACAGCGGUCAAGCCGUACAAAUGCUCGCAGUGCGGCAAAGCCUUCCGCACCGAGGCGCAUCUGUCAGGCCACCGGAAGCGGAAGUGCAAGAACGCCGCACAGAUUUGCACCAAGUGCGGCAGUCAGUUCAGGUCGCUGCACGAGCGCGUGCGCCACCAGUGCGUGCAGCUGCUGACUAAAUACGAGUGCUCCCACUGCGGCAAGACCUUCAAGAUGGCCCACCUGCUCCGGAACCACCAGAUGAGCGAGCACCAGCUCCCGUACAGCCCCAACCACCGCUUCCGCUGCAGGUACUGCGACGAGACCUUCCCCGGGAUCAGCGAGCUCAAGUACCACCAGAGGGUCGACCACGAGAAGCCUUACCAGUGUCAGGAGUGCGGGAAGUGUUUCCUGUCUGAGAAAUGCCUGUCCAACCACGAGUUGCGCCACAACGACGAGCGACCCGAGAGCUGCCUGGUGUGCGGCCGCGGCUUCCGGAACCGCUACGAUCUGAAGCAGCACAUGCGCACUCACACUGGCGAGCGGCCUUACCAGUGUACACACUGCUCGCAGUGCUUCUCUACCGCCGGGGGCCUGCGGAGUCACACCAGGGUCCACACGGGCGAGAAGCCGCACGUUUGCCCCGACUGCGGCAAAGCUUUCUCCCAGAUGGGCGCCAUGCGCACCCACCGGCUGACGCACACCGGAGAGCGGCCCUUCAAGUGCACGGUGUGCGGCAAGGGCUUCACAAUGGCGCACAAAGUGACGGUGCACAUGCGCGUGCACACCGGCGAGCGGCCCUACGUGUGCUCGCAGUGCGGGAAGGCCUUCUCGGACGGAAGCGUGCUGAAGCAGCACAUGCUGAACCACUCAGGGGUGAGACCGUACCACUGCCAGAUCUGUCCCAAGACCUACACCUGCCUGAACCACCUGAGGAGGCACCUGAAGAGCCACUCCAACAUGAACUAGCCCCGCCCACACUCGCACACUAUGAAUGAAGCCAGAACAGAAGCUACAAACUGAUCGAAUCCACUUUAAAAUUGCACUUGAGUAUUGACACGUUAGAGGACCAACAAAUCCUGCAAAAACAUGGACCCAAUGAGCUUAAAAAUGAGCUGAUCUUAGCGCAGCACAAGCCAAUCUCUGCUGUUUCGAGUUUUGUUUGUUUAUAAUGUAUGAGUAGUUUGCAGUGCACAACUUCCAGCGACUCACAGAGGAGAAAACUCUGGUUUUUGCUUUUUUCUUCAUUUCAGAACUGCCUAACUCAAGUUUAAAAUUCAGCUUAUUUUCAUUCAUAAAGUCUCUUUUAGUUAAACCAUUAAAGAAAUAUCCUCAAAAAAAUGGAGAAAAAGAGCAAACUACUAAAAAUGAAGGUGUGCUGUUCUCCUCUGUGACCUCUAGGGGGCUCUGUGUAUCACAAUUGAGGUGCUGGAAUAAUGAAAGUUGCAGUUUGCAGUCUUUUAAAGACUUUUGUAAAUAUGCUGAAUACAGUGAAAAACAAUGCUGAUAUGCUUUAUUUUUAACCGAUGUUGAAUAACUGGCUCACUGUAGACUUUUUUCAGUGCUUUCAAGUUAAAACAAUCGUUUUUUCUUUGUUUGAAUAAAAUUUACCAGGAGAAAAAAAAAGUUUACAGCAACUUUUUUUUCUUGUAAAUCCUAACAAGAAAAAUCCAUAUUGUUUGGUUGUCCUAAAGCCAAAAAGCUUCAGAUUAGAGUAAUACAUGUCUGAGGGGACUUGAUUGAUGUUAAUGGCGGCGGAAGACCGUCCCUUUCCUGUUGUUAGCGUUUUCUGCCUCUUGAUUAACAGUUUCCGCCUGUUUUGACGUCCAGACAGAAUCCAAAGCCUUCAAAGAGCUGAUCAAAAGAGAGUUUAUCCAUUGAAAUGAGUCGUUGGCGGCGCCGGCAAACCACUUUAGUCAACAGAGAAAUCCCAUUCUGAUCAUCUCCCUCUUAAAACAUGCAGAUUUGAUUUUAGGGGGGAAAGGAGGUUCUGAUGGCUUCCAUGUGUGUCAGGAUGUCACAGAAAAAACUAAAGUAUCUGCAUCUCAUGUUUUUUUCCCUUAAGGAUGUACGCUGUGUUUUUGCAUCUUUCUGUUGGCACUUUCAGUUUGAAUUCAUUGCUUCAAAUUCCAAAUAGAUUUUUUUUUUUUUUUUUUAAAGAAACUCAACUUUUUUCCUUUUUUGUGUUUAAAUCCCAGCAGUAUGCCAAAGAUUUCCUCCAGAUCUUCUUGGAGUAAUUGCUUCCCGAUUUUAGGCCGGUAUUGAGACAUCCUAAGAUGCAUGCACUUCUCCACACAGCUGCAACAAAACCCCCAAAACAACUGUAGAUUUACUGUGGGAGCUUGCUAAUAAACACAGAUCAUUACCAGA